AUGGACAGGGCAGAAUCGGGAGGCGCGGAAGGGGACGACGACGUGGGCAGUCCGGGGAGGGCGGAGGAGCCGACAGCGGUGGAGGCGGGGAAGCGGUGGGAGCGCAUGGGGGCGGAGAUGCGCAAGGCGGUGGCGCAGCUGGACAAGGCGGAGCCCGCCGCCGUGAUCGACGGGCUGCAGCGCCUGCACGCGCGCAUCGUGAAGCACGGCGCGCGGGCCGUCGACGCGUACGUGCGCGUGUCGCCGCCGGACUGGCUGCAGCUGCUCCGCCUGUGGGACGCCUGCCACCGCCGCGGCGCCUCGCACCAGUGUCCCUCUCUCCUUCCUCCUCGCGUCCCCCGUCGCGCCCGUGCGCAGAUGGCCGUGCCGCUGAUGGCGGUGCUGGCGGACAUCCUCGCCCUUGCCGCGCACACGCCGCGCCCUCUUCCCCACACACCCGCGCGCGCCCCUCCCUCCGUCCCUCCGCCCGUGCUGGGCGCGCCUCUGUCCCUACCCCGCCGCAUAGAGGCGCUGGCGCGCGCCCUGCUGCCGCGGUGCUGCAGGAAGGGCGGCCUCUACGCGCACCUCUCCUCCCCUUCCCACGUGCACGCCACCUCCGCCCUGCGCCUGCUGCUCGCGCUCUCCCUCAUCUCCCCUGCCCUCACGCGCUACCUCCUCCUCUCCUUCGACUUCUCCCUCCCCGCCCUCCCCGCCCUCACCCAGCCCCCCGCGCCCUCCCAGGCGCCGGGCAGCGGGGGGAGAGGGAGAGGCGAGAGAGGGAAGCAUGUGGGCGCACAAGGGGGGGCAGCAGGCGCCGUGUUCUGGUCUGGCACACCAGCGGUGGUCGUGGGGGGCGAGCAGGGGGAGCAGGCGGAGCAGGCGGAGCAGGGGGAGCAGGGGGAGGAGGGGGAGGAGGGGGUCGAGGGGGCGGUAGGGGUAUUGAUGGGCAAGCAAGGGGCGGGGGCGUGCGCGGACGUGGGGGAGGUGCCAGCGCGCGUGCUGAUGGCGGAGUGGGUGGUGGCGUGCCUGGCUGUGGCGGACGCCGCCACUCUCACCCACGCCAUCGUGGCGCACAGACACAACCUGGCCGGCAUUCUCUGGCGCCUAGCGGGCGACCACCCCGUGACAGCUGGCAAGGUGUUGUGGGUGCUGCAGACGCGGGUCAUGGCGGCCAGUAGCAAUGUGCCACGCGGCCUGCAGGGAGCUCUGUUCGGGGAUAGUGCGCUGGAGCAGAUGGCGCGUGUGGCGGGAAGGGAGGAGGGGGGUGGUGCGGGGGCGGUGGCAGCAGGGAUGGCGCUGCAGGUGCUCCUGGCCGUGUGCACGCACCCCCGCCAUGGCGUGCUCGUGGGGGGGGGUGGGGGGGGCGCGCUGCAGGGGAGACCACAGGAGGGGAUGGAUGAAGGGGAGGAGGGGGAGGAUAUUGUGGAGGAAGGGAUGGGAGGAGGGGGCAAGGAAGGGCAGGGGGGAGCGGCGGACACGGAGGGUGCUGGAGGGGAGUGGGAGGGGGAGUCGGGCAAGGGCGGAUCGGCCUCCGCCGCUGCUGAUUCCCAAGCCUCCUCUCAUUGGUCGGCCGGCAUGGAUCGUCUCAUUCGCCUCGCGCGUGGGCUGCAUGUGCUGCAGUGUGCGGCGCACCGCUCGCUGCUGCUGGCCAUGGCCCAGGCGUGUCCCCCUCUGGCUGCCGCCUACCUGCAGCGCCCUCCCUUCUCCCUGCACCCCACGCCGCACGCCCACUGGUACGACGCUGCCAUGUGCCUUGCUUCACUCCAAACACCUUCUUGCACUGAUCGUUGUUUCCACUUCUCAUCUGCUUCCUCUCAUCUUCUUCCUUCUCCUCGCCCCUCUUCUCUCUCAAUCUCCAUCAUCCCGUUAUCCAAAUCGCCUUGUCAAAUGGCCCCUCCACUGCUCGCCCCACACCCGCCCAUGCCGCACCCCCCCUCCCCCAGGUUCGCGGGCAUGGCCCUGGUGAGCCGCCUCGUGCGCGUCUGCGCCACAAUGCCCCUCCUCUCCGCCUCCGCGCCCUUCUCCCUGCGCCUCCCCUCGCCCAACGUCUCCCCCCUCCUAGCCCGCAUGCUCCCCCCGUGCCUGCCGCGCCCCGCCCUCACGCGCGCCCUGCUGCACCGCUCGCCCCGUGUGCGCCUGCUGGCGCUCUGCACGCUGCUCGACUGCCUCUCCGCCACCCUGCCCCUCCUCGCCCUCGCGCUCCCCCUCGCCGCCACGCACGCCGGCGCGGGUGCAGCGGGAGAGGCAGGUGAGGCAGGCGAGGGAGGGUUGUGGUGGGCGAGAGGGAAUGAGGGUGGGGAUGGGGGGGAGAGGAGGAGCGAGGGGAAUGUGGAGGCGGUGGAGGAGCGGCAAGUGGCGGGCAGGUAUUGGAGCGCGGUGGUGGCGGGGGUGCGGCUGCACGUGGUGGGCGCCGUGCCCGACGUGCAGAUCGUGCUGGGCGUGCUGGCUGCCUCCCAGCCCAGCAGCGGCGCGGGGGGCGUGGACGAGGGCGGACACAUGGCCCCGCGAGGGGGGGCAGUGUGUGGGGUGAGGCGGGCAGGGGGCGCAGGGGAGGGCGGCAGGCGGAAGAGAGGGCGGGGUGCAGCAGGUGAGUGGCAGGUGAUGGAGGAAGGGGGGGGUGAGGGGGAGGAGGGGAAGGAGGAGGAGGGAGAGGGAGAGAUGGGAGAAGAAGAGGAAGAGGUGGAGGAAGAGGAGGGGGAGGAGGUGGGGAUGGAUGAUGAGAUGGAUGACGAGGAGGAGGGAGGGCGCUGGUCGGUUCGCCUGCUGUUGCACUGCAAGGCUCUGCGCCUCCUCGCUCUCUACCAGGUACUCCUCGCUCUCUACCAGGUACUCCUCGCUCUCUACCAGGUCCUCCUCGCUCUCUACCAGGUACUUCUCGCUCUCUACCAGGUCCUCCUCGCUCUCUACCAGGUACUUCUCGCUCUCUACCAGGUCCUCCUCGCUCUCUACCAGAGGGUGGUGCCGGCUGCCGUGGCUGCCUGCCACGUGGAUCCGCUGCGCUUCCUGCGCGCCGACCUGCCCUCGCUGCCCUCCCCCUUGCUGCGAGCCACUCUGCGCCUCCUCCUUGCCUUCUUCCCGCCGCCUUCUCAACACACCCUUGCAUUCCCCGGGGCUGGGACUGGAGGGGCGCACAGCACGCCGGCCCUGCCUGCACCGGCCGAAGCGGCGCCCGCGGGGGGCGAGUUCCUCUGCACCUGUCCGCUGCACAACCAUCUGCUGCCGCUGCUGUUGCUGCGCCUCUCCCCGCCGCCCGCCGACCUCGCACCUGACGUUGAUUGGCUCUGCACCGCUGCCAUGCUCUCCUCGCAUGCCUUCCGUGCCCGCCAAUCAGAGGCUGCCAUGUGGCUGCGCUUCCUGCCCACCAUGGCACCUGGCAGUGCUUGCAGCAGUGCGGCGGCAGCACGAGGGGUGGCGGCGUUUCUGGCGGAUGCCGUGGCGUGUGUGGCCCGCGCGCCCCUCAAGUACCUCCUCGCCCUCCCUGCCGCCUCACCACCCCCCGCCCAUGCAUCCCACUGCCCCUCCUGCCGUGCCCGGGGCCACACCCCCAUGGCCUCUUUGGGUCCCUUCCCUGCCUGCAUUCUCACCAACUGCCUCAAAGUGCUGCAUGCCACCUCCCCCUCCUCCUCCUCUUCCUCCUCCUCCUCCUCCUCAUCUCCGCCAGUGCAGCUUGCCAUCGCCACCUUCACCUGCAACGCCCUGACCCACCUCAUCUCCCUUCAGGAAUGCCCUCUCCCACUCGCUGCUCUCAUCACUCACAUCCUCCGCCCUGCCCUGUCCUCCUCCUCCUCCUCCACCUCCUCCUCCUCCGCCUCGUCCUCCCCCGCGCCACACGGUCGGCCCCCCCUCUCUGCGCCGCUGCUCUGCCUGCAAGCGCUGCUAGAGUCGGCCACCUCGCUGCUUCCUGUGCCGCCUGAGGAGCAGCAGGGGGGGGGGAAGAGGCUGCACAGUGCGGCUGGGGCGGGUGCUCACAGCUGCGACGCCUGUGAUGCUGGUGGGCGCGCAGCAGUGGAGGCAGCAGUGGGGGCGGCAGAGGCGAGCCUGCAAGCGGAGCAAGCGAGUGGCAGGGAUGCUGCCCUCUCACACUUCACUCUCUCCCUCUCCUCGGCCCACCCACCCUCGCUCAUCGCCCUCCUUCCUCGCCUCGCCUCGCUCGCUGCCUCCCUUCCUCCACCCGCCAUGCAUCUUCUCUCCUCCACUCUCUGUGCACACGCCCUCCUCCCCUCGCUGCUGCCAGUGCACGCGCCUGUGCUGCUGGAAGCGAGUGUGCUGGCGCAGCAAGCACUGCAGCCUGCCGCCACCUGCCACCACCACCACAUGCCCCCCGCAGUGGCCUCACCACUGCCUCUCUUCCUCCCCCCCAUGCCCUCUUCUCCCCACCCCUCCACGACUGCUCUCUCCCACCUCCUCCUCUCCUUGCCCUGCGCGCCUCUGCUCUCCCUGUGCGUGCGCGCCCUGCUCUCGCCUCUCAAGCUCCACCGCCGCCUCGCCUCCUGCCUUGCUGCGCUGCUGCUGGCCCGCCUGCGCCUGCUAUCGCCCCAUGUGCUGCAAGAGAGGGUUGCAGGGGCAAGCCACGCCCGCCCAGGCGAGGGAAUUCUGUGGGGGGAGAGGAGGGGGGAGGUGGGGAGGGCUGUUGUGUUUGAACUGGGGCGAGUACUAGGCGUGGGUAUGGGGGGGCCCCAGCAGGUGGGGGGGGCGGAAUGGAGGCGGCGGCAGCGGUGUGUGCGUGUGUGCAUGGCGGCACUGGAGGCCACCCUCAUGCCACCACCGCUGCCCUCGCCCUCCCACCCCAUGCACGCUGCCAGCGCAUGGAAUGGGGGGGGGGGCGAGCAGGGGCAGCAGGGCGGCGAGGAGGAUGGGAGUGCGUGUGAGUUCAUGGUGCAGGCAGCUGACGUCAUGUCACACCCUCUGCUCCUCGCAGCAUUCACAGGCCACCUCGAUGACGUCACCGCCUGGCCCUCUGCACACCUCUCCUCCCUCCUCACCUUCCUCCGCCUGUCCAUCUCGCGCCUCCUCCUCCGCCUCCUCUCCUUCUCCCAUGCCCUCUACCACUCUCUCCCCGACUCGCCUUCGCCCGCCCCCCCACCAGCCCAGGGCGCCCUUCUCCUGUGGCAGGCCUGCCAGCCAUUCCUCUGCGCCGCCCACCACUCCCUUGCUGCCUCCCUCGCGCCCUUCCUCCCUUACUCCCCGUCUCCCCCUGCGUGCCCCUCGCCUGUGCGCACUGCCUCGCAUGCGGUGGUGCUGGUGGCGCCAGGGAGGAACGCCGGGGGCGGGGUGGGCAGCAGAGCGCAGGAGCAGAGCAGGGUGUGGCGGCAGGUGGCAGGAGGGGCUCUGGGCGACUGGCACUUCGACUUUGACACCAGCUGUGUCACGUGGAGGGGGGAGGGAGAUGGCGGGGGAGGAGGGGAAGGGGCUGGGGAGGAGGCAGUGCAAGAGGAGGCGGUGCAAGGGGUGGCAGUGCCAGUGAGCGUGGUGGUGGCGCUGUGGCUCUCUCGUUUCAUUGCCCUGCCGUGCCACUCCUCCCCGUCUCCCCUUGUGCAGCCCGCCCCUCCCUGUGCCUCCGCUAUUCAGCCCGCUCUUGCCCCUUCCUGUUCGCACGUCACCCGUGUCCCCUCCUCGCCCCGCCUGGCCAGCCUGGCAGCAUGGGCGGGAUGGAUGGCAGCAGUGGUGCAGGGAAUGGCACACGGGCAGAUGGCAGAUGGGAGCAUGGUGAUUGGGGGUGGUGCAGCAGGGGGUGGUGAGAGGGAGAGUGUGAGGGGGGCAUGUGAGCACAUGGCGCUCACAGUUGCAUGUGUCACAUUCCAACACGCCAAGGCAGCUGUGGGCGAGGGGCAUGGUGGGUUGCCGUGGGUGGCCCCACAGCCACUGCCGCAGACACUGCAGCACAGCACUUCACGUGGGGGGGCGAAUGUGUGUGCGCGUGGGGCGCUCACAGCGCUGGUGGAGGCGGCCCUGCACGCGCUGCUCACACGGGCCACACGCCUCGCAGAGCACACAGCUGUCGUGGCACUGGAAGCAGCGGUGCGCCUGCCCUGCCUGCACAUCUGGCCAAGCCCUGUGGCGUGCCACGCACCGUGCUCGCACGUGCACGUGGCGCGAGUGUGCCCCGCAGCCCUUGAGCGGCGCGUCAUUCACUCGUGCGUGCACCACCCCUCAUGGCGCCGUGGCAACCUGCUCUCGCUGCUCCUCGCUGCUCACGCACGCUCUGAGGGGCGCACAGGGAGCAGCAGGGUGGCGGGCGAGGUGGUGCAGGCUGUGGCUGAGUGGAUGGGUGGCGAGGAGAGGCAGUGGUUGGGCGCACGCUCAGCCAAGGGUGUGGGGGGCAGGGCGGAUGCAGGAGGUGGUGAGGGGCACGCGUGGUGGCAGGAUGGGGACAGGUGGAUACGCAUGCUCAUGCUGCUGCCUGCAGUGGCUGCUGCUGUGGGUGGGCAGUGGAAGGAGGGCGAGGGUGGAGGGGCAGCAGGUAUGAGUAUGGUGGCGUGCACGUACAGAGACAUGCUCCUCGCCCUGCUCCCUCCAUGCACCCCGCCCCAUACCGCCACAACCACCCCUCCCUGCCACCUUCCCCUCUCCCAUCUUCCUCCUCACAUCCUUCCCUCCUUGCUCUUGUAUGUCCCCGCUCUUCUCCACUCGCUGCUGCUCGCUCAUCCCCUCCCCCGCUUGCGCCUCGCCUCGCUCGUCCACGUGGUGGUGCCACACGAGCAGCAAGAGGGCGGUAUGCAGGGGGGAGGCAAGGCCGCACGUGGAAAAGGGAGGGGCAGUGGGAAGGGCAGGGGGGAGGCGGAGGAGGGUAGAGGGGGGAUGGUUGGAGGUGGGGGGUGGCGUGUGCAGGGGGGCUGUGUGGCGGCUGCCACGCUGCUGCAGGUGGCACUGGCGCCCCGGCUGGCCUGCACCGGCCCUAUGCCCACGGCGCCCUUCAGGACUGCUAGCACUGGUAGCGCUGGCGGUGUUGGCGCUGGCAGGUGCGGCGGUGGGGAGAGCGAGGGCACGAGAAGGGUUUGGGGAACGCCUGCUGCACAGAUGAGGGUUCUGGCUGCCCUUCUGAAUCUUCUUGGAAGCAUCUUCCCUCUCGCACCGGAGGCACAAGUGACUGUGGUGACGGGCAGUGGUGGUGGCAGUGGGUGGGGGCAAAGAGAGCAUGUGAGGAGGGAAGGUGAGAGGGCAGUGGGUGGUGGGCGGGUGACAAUGGCAGCGAGAGAGCUUCAGCAGGUGGCUGCCGUGCAGCUGGCUCGUGUGGCCACGCACCUGGCACGUACACUCACUGCUGCUCCACCUGCCAUGCCGCCACACCCGCCACCAUCUCCCACCACCCCGCACGUCCCCCUGCCUCUGCUGCAGCACGGCCUGGCCUCGCUGCGCCUUGCAGCCGUGGCGUGCCUCAAGCACCGCUUCGCCCACCCUCUCGCCUUCCACUCCCUCACCCUCGCCUGCCGUGCCCUGCUCGCCGCCGCCACUGCCCCCUCCGUGCACCCACCGAAGCGUCCCGUGGCAGCAGCAAGAGCACCAGCACAAGCGGCAGACGGCGCGGCAGCAGCGGUGUCCAGCGUGGGGUGCGCCCUCUUGGACCUCCUCCUCGCACACUCUCGCUCUCUGCCUCUCCUCCUCUCCCCCUCCGCUGGCCCCUCCGCCGCCCCCCUGCCUGCAGCGCUGGCCCACCAACUGCACAAGGACAACAGCAGAGCUGUAUCGCUCCCAUCGCCCCUCUCCCUCAUCCCCUCUCCCCUCCUCCCCGAUCUCCCCCUCAUUGCCGCAUCCUGCCCGCCCUCUUCUGCUCGCAGUACUCGCAUACACGCCAGCUGGCGGGGGGCAGCGUGGCAGGUGCAAGAGGGGCAGAGAGUUGCAGACAGGGAGGAGUUGGGGGAGGAAGCGGAAGCAGGGGCAGGCGUGGAGGUGAAGGUGCGGGGCAGUGAGCUCCUGCACUCGUGCCUUCACUCCACCAUGCUGUGGCCGCUCGCACUGCCAUGCCAGGCACCAAGCCAUGCAGCGAGGGAGGGGAGAGAGGGUGGAGAGGAGGAGAGGCCUGAUGGGGAGGCAGGAAAGCAAAGGAAGAGGAAGAGGCGGAAGGGAGGAUCAGAGGGGGGUGAGGAAGGCGCGUGUGCAGGUGAGGGUGCAGCGCGGUUGGAAUUGCUGUGGCUGAUGACUGCCUUCCUGCGAAUGAGGCUGUGCCACGUGUCUGGCCGUGUGUGCUCAUCGGCGUGUGGGCGUGCUCUACAGUCGCUCUUUGCGCUGCUGCUCGCCCUCUACGGCGCCACCCUCAGCCCCACCGACCGCGCACUGCUCGCCCUCAUGCACCUCCUCACACGCCUUGCACGCCGCGACAUGCCACGUGCGGCAGCCCGCAUCGAGGGGGGGGACCAGCAAGCUGCGCAGGCAGCAGGGGGUGCUGAUGGGGUGAGCACGGUGGUUGCAGAGGAGUUCCUGGGUUUUGAGUGGUUUGACUAUCUUUGGGGCCAGGGGGCCGCAUCACGCUGGGAGUGGCAGCAGGGAAGGGGACGAGCACCAGCACAGGCAGGGGGUGAGGGCCAGGCAGAAGGUGCUGCACAAGAUGGCAGGGAGAUGGGGGUAGCGGGGGGGGAGGAGGUGGGUGGGAAUGGUGAUGGUGUGUUUGAGGGGCGCGAGCAGCGGCAGUGGCGGUUCUGGUGGGAGGAGGCGGCGGUGGACGCCACGCGCUGUGGGCUGCUCGUGCUCGCCUUCCCUGCCCUCCGCCACGCACACUUGGGGGGGGAUGCAGGCGAGCAGGGGCGAGACGGAGAGGGAGGGGGAGUGGAGGACGUGGAGCAAGAGGGUGAGGGGGUGAGUGAGUGGAUGGGGCACGAAGGCACGCACAUGUGCAUAUGCAGUGCGAGCUGCAUGGGAGGGGGGGGCGACCCUUGUGUGCGGCAGCAGGCUGGGCAGGGCCACCCUCUCCCCGGGUCAGCGGCGGCUCAGGACGUGGCGGUGCAGCAGGCAGCCUACGACCCCGCCUUCCUGCUCCCCUUCACCCUGCACGCCCUCUCCCGCCGCCUCCUCUCCCCGCGCAUGGCUGCCCGCUGCGGGCUCAUGGCGGCUGCCAUUGCCAGCCUGGCGUCGGCGCAGCACAGCAUGCGGCGCCUGGGCUACGCCACUCUCGCACUCUUUGCUGCUCUGCUCGAGGUAUGUGCGCUGCUGCAAGCCACUUUGGGCUCAAGUGGCGCUCUUCAGCUGAUGAUGCUGGCAUGCAUGCGAGAGGUGAAACAGUGA